AAGUACAUCAAGCAGAUAAUGACCAAGGUUGGUAGAUCCGCUCAAGCUCCUGUACCUAAGGCUCGUGGACUAGCUGCCACUCUUGCGGCACAAGCGGGCGUCUCCGUUGACAACAUUGUCGCCCAUGGCUCCUGGUCUUCCCGCGAUAUCUUUGAACACCAUUAUCGUCUGUCCUCAGCUACUUCUACAAAUUUUAGUGUAUCUACUCUGGAUCAACAACCAAGAUCACUUACUCGUGUAAUGUGUUCAACACUUCAUAU